GGAGGAAAACUAGAGAUUGUGGGACGAGGUGAGAGAAUGAGAGGGUAAGAGAGAGAAUGGAUUUUCAUAAAUGGAGAAGGGAGAGAGACUACACCCCUUAAACACUAUCCCAAGAGAUACUGUUAGCAUAACCACCUUUCAAACACCAAACUCCUUUUAAGCUUAUGAACAAUGGGUGUGUGGCUUACAUGUUUUCCCAAAACCUUUAUCACAAUUGGGUUUCUAUGUGGUUAUAUCACCUUAACUCCCUUAAACCAUAGCCGUUUCACCAUCAAGAGCAUUCUCCAUCACCAAAGGCCUUGACGAAUACACUUCUACCACUUUUUCCGAGAAAACAGUUGCCCUAUUUUCUCUUUAAUCAAGUCCUACCUGGCACCAGGUUCAACCAUCUGAACACUUUUCCGCCUCUGCUCCGAUCCUCAGCAUUCCCAGAAACCACAUUAUGCUUCUCCCUCAUAUUCUCAUUCCCGUUCACUCCACUCUCUCCUAUCCACUCUUCAUCCUCUCAGUAGAUGAAAAUAACGGGAUUCCAUUAGCAGCUCAGUGUUGAUGAUGGAGGAAGUAGGCAAUAGUGCAAUACAAGGUCAAAAGCAGCAUAGAAGCAAACAACUUUGUGAGUUGAAGCACAAACCUCCAAAUAGAACUGAUCCUCCAUGUUCGCUUCGAUCCAAGGGAUGCAAGGUACAUUUGAUUCAGCUACAUAUGAAGUAGAUCGUCAAGGAGAAGAGGAAGCUAAGGUGCGAGUUUGGAAGUGGUGCGAAGACCACCACCACCGAAUCACAAAACCGUGGGAUAGGAAGCCUUUGGUGGUGAUAUGAUUUAGAUCCGGUGUGAAGCCACUCCGACUAAGCAGUCUAACAAGGAGUAGCAACAGUGACACCUCAAAUAGGGAGCAGCAGCGAGAAGCAGAAACCUCUAAGAGAGAGCAGAGACGCUAAAUAUUUUAUUUCAUUUCAAUUUUAUAUAUUCCAAGCAUUUCAAUUUUUCCCUUUUGAAAAACAACUUCUGCUAAUCAAAUAUUAGAAUACCCUAUAUAAUAUAAUUAAUUUAUCUAUCCGGUAUCGCGCCCAUCUGACUCUAGUUGCAAUUUAUUUCAUUUAUGUUCUCUUUUACUAACUACUAGUUAUUGCAGAGAGAAAAUGUAGAGCAACAAGAUCGUGAAGGAUGAAUGAAGUAUGGCUGCUUUUAUACCGAUACCUGAUUUUUUGCAACAACGUUUGAUCGACGCAGCAAUUGACUUUGUAAAGAAUCAAUGUGAUUACGUGUGGGAUUAUGAGACAAGAUUCGUGGAGCUAAGGAAUGCUGCAGAGACUCUCAAGAAAGAUAAAACAUGGGUGCAGGAUAAAGCCAAGGAAGAAGAAGGCCGAUAUGGAAGAGCAAUAUAUGAUUAUGUUCAUAAGUGGUUCGCCCAGGUGGAUGACGUUGUUGCUGAAUAUGACAAGUUCAAACGAGAACACGAUAGCAAUGAUGGGUAUCCCCUUGCUAUUCCUAACGUGCAGAAAAGGCAUCAUCGCAGCAAAAUAGCAGAGGAAAUGAAAGUGAAGGUUGAAGAAGUGCAAAAGGACAAGCCUGAUGGUAUAUCUCACUGGCAGGGCCCACUUUCCAUGGGGUUUGCGCUUCCUACUGUUGACUAUGAAGAGCUCCAAUCGAGAGUAGAAACUAUGAAUGAAAUCACUAAAGCACUGGAAGACUCGAGUGCUACAAUGAUCGGUAUUCACGGGCUAGCUGGUAUGGGGAAGACCACUUUGGUCAUAGAAGCCGCUAACAGAGUUCAAAAUCGAGAAUCUAAAGUAUUCGAUGUGGUGAUUAUGGCAAACGUGGGCAAAAUUCUAGACAUCAGAAAGACCCAAGGGCAGAUAGCUGACAUGUUGGGGAUUAUAUUACAGGAGGAGAGUGAAUAUGCAAGAGCGAUCCGCAUCAAAGAGAAAUUGAAGAAAGAGAAGAAUGCUCUUAUAAUCCUUGAUGACGUGUAUGCAAAAAUUGACUUGGAUAUGUUGGGGAUUCCAUCACAGAGUGCUGAUGACAAGCAAAAGAAUCUCCUUCUCAAAGAAGGAAAAUCUUUUGGCAAUGUGGAUCAAACUAAGGCGGAGACAAACCAAACCGAUGGACCCUCUUUUAUGAAACAGAAUACAUUAUCAGAGGAUGCCAAAACAGAAGACACCUCCAUUGGUUCUAGUAAAUUGAAAGCAGAAGAAAAUUACAAAGGGUGUAAGGUUUUGCUGAUUUCUGAGGUGAAACAAGUCUUGAGCCAAAUGGAUGUGAAACCAAAUUACAUGUUCCUCGUGAACACCAUAAAUGUUGAUGAUGCAAAGAAAUUGUUCAUGACAAAAGUUAGAAUAGACUACAAAAACUCUGAGCUCGAAUAUCUAGCAGCUGAAAUCGCCAAGAAGUGUUACGGCUUGCCCAUGUCAAUAGUCACAACUGCAAAGGCAUUGAAAAACCAAAACCACUUAAAACGCUUGAAAGGCAGAAGCUGACCGGAACACCCGAGUAUUCUACAAAGUUGAGUUACCAACUUCUAGAAAAUGAGGAGCUCAAGUUUACCUUCUUGCUUUGCGCUUGUAUGGGCCAAGAUGCUUUAGUUUCAGACUUGGUGAGACUAUGCAUUGGUCUUGGUUUUCUUGAAGGCA